AUGUCUGUGUAUCCUAAAUUGGCGGCUCCCACCGCUCCCACGGAGCAGAUGCGCGAGCUGGGUGCCGACGAAGACGAUAUUCGCAAGAUGUCCGUCGCCGGCGCCCACCCAGGUGUUCGCCAACGCCUCUGGGGCUUGGAAGCACGUCUCGACCACACCGUGACUUUUGAGGAGUUCACCUUCUGGGCCAAGGUUGAGCGUGAAAUGGAACAAGAGGAGUAUAAACGCUACAAGGCUGUCACCGGCGGGCAAGGCCUCAUCGGCUCCCUCAGGAACUACUUCACCAGCAAUGCCUACGAAGAUGCCAAAACUCACUCGGCCGCGGUGCAAGGACAAGAGGAAAACACCGAGUGGUCCGAAAAGAAGAGCUCAACUGUCGUGGACGAUCCCACCGCCAGCCCUAUCGCGCCCGUCGGCACGCACGACUACGACGCCGAGUGGCGCCAGGCUGCAAGAGCCCUCCGAACUGCUGGAUGGGGAACUAUCUUCUAUCUGAUCACAACCGAUAUUCUGGGUUGGGGUCAAACCCCCUACGUGUUCUCCAACACCGGUUACGGAAUCGGCGCUGGUAUCUUCGCCCUGAUGGGCCUCGCUGCGGGCGCAUCUGGAUGGAUGAUUUGGCAUGUCUUCUGCGGUCUCGAUUCUUCCCGGUUCCCCGUUCUGAGCUUUGGUGACCCCUUCUUCCGUCUGUACGGCCCGAAAACCCGUCACUUUAUCAAUUUUAUGCAAGCCAUCCAGAUGUUCCUGUCUGUGGCCGUCGUCCUUCUUGGCCAGACUGAUAUCAUUGCCCAGCUCGGUGGAAGUGUUAACCUCUGCUUCAUCGUUGCCGGCAUUAUUUCCCUCCUUGUCAGUAUGGCGAGUGGCUACAUGCGUUCCCUGAAGCACCUCGGCUGGUUCUGCAAUUCGGCAGUGUGGCUCAACAUUAUUUCCUUCAUCAUUGUUUGCGCUGCCGCGGCAAAGAAUGGCCCCGACCCGACCGCUCAAGUCAAUGGCGGUAUUCUGAACAAGGAAUGGGCUGUGCCGGGCCACAUGGCGCCGGUUAAAACGUUUGCCGCCACCCCUCCCGCCGAUUAUCAGCCUACCGACCGCAACCUGUUUGCUGCCAAGUUCAACGGUAUCAACAGCAUGGUUUAUGCUUACUCCGGAGCUAUUAUGUUCGUUGCCUUCUUGUCCGAAAUGCGCCAUCCUAUGGACUUCUGGAAGGCUAUGUUGCUCGCCCAAUCAUUCAUUACCGGAGUCUAUAUCUUCUUCGGAGUCUUUGUCUAUACUUUCUACGGACAAUACGCCUAUUCCAUCAUCACUCAGGUCGUCAAGCCCCUCCCCCUUCAGGUUGUUGGCAACGUGCUCUCGCUGAUUACUGGUUGGCUCGCCAUCUUCCUGUACUUCAACGUCGGAAUGAAGACUGUCUACCUCGAGGUCGGCCAACAGCUCUGCAAUCUGCCUCCAAUUACAACAAAGAGGGGCAAAUACCUUUGGUGGGCCCUCGGUCCCGUUUACUGGAUCCUCGCCUUCGUGGUCUCCAUGUCCGUCCCGCAGUUCAACGCCUUCACGAACUUCGUCGGAGGCCUGUUCAGUCUGAACUUCACAUAUUCCCUUUCCGGUGUCAUGUGUCUGGCUUAUAAGAUCCAGCAGGGUGCUAAGUUGCCCGGUGAAGGGUUCGAUCCCGAGACUGGUGUGACCACUCGCCUGGAUAACGGUUACAAGCGUUGGAUUCGUGGUUUCAGGAAGACCUGGUAUAUCAGUAUUCCUAUUCUGAUCUACACUUGCUGCGGUUUUGCUUCAUCUGGUAUGGGUACCUGGGCCGCUGUCUUGGCUCUUGAGUCCGCUUAUGGCCCUGGUGGUUCUGUCCUUUCUUCUUGGACCUGCACGAACCCUUUCUAUACCGGCUAG